GUUUUCUUAACUUGUGGCCUUUUACUUUAUAUACAACUAAAAUAAUUUCAAAAUUAACCUCACUCUUGCAAACCAGAUCGUGGUUUAAAAUUUUUAAUUUUAAAAAGCUAAUUACAAAAUGAGUGAUGAUAGUGAUCAUUUUGAGUUUUCAGACCAAGAACUUGAUGACAAAGGGCAUGAUAAAAUAGUAGAAAAUGUAUUAAAGCUAAACAAAGUUCAACACGUAAAGAGUCCACAUCGAACAGAACCCACAACUCAAAUAUCAGAGUUCAAUUUGGUUAAAUCUCUUAGUGGACAUCAAAACUUAGUACACUUAAAUGAAUUAACGAAGGUACUAAAAGGUAGAAAAAAACAUGUUGAAAUAGCCAAUAAAGUGAAAUCUGCUAGUGGUAGAAGCAAAACUUUACCAAAACCUUUAGAAAAACCUCAGGCUGAACGUAUUAAGAGAACACUGAAUUACGAGAAAUCUAGGCUACAAUUUGAUCGUUGGGAGGCUUUAGUAACAUCUAAUAGAGCUGCUCCACAGCUUAUAUUCCCUUUAGACCAUGUUGAAAAAUUAAAAAUUAUAGAAAAGAAAGCUGAAGUAUAUCCAUCUACUUUCAGACUAAAAUCAGAUCUACAGAAAAAAUUAGAAGCUUUAGAACCCAAAAGUGAAGAAUAUCACAUAGAUAUAGAAGAGAAAAAUGAAUUUCCGCUAACUUUAGAAGAAUUGAAGGAAAAAAGAAAAGAAGCUGCAAAACUCAGAGCUCAUCAGAGUUAUAAAGAAGCAAAGGCAAGACGACAGAAUAAAAUUAAAAGCAAAAAGUAUCACAGAAUCUUAAGGCGAGAGAAAAUAAAAGAAAAAUUGAAAGAAUUUGAAUUACUCCAAAAAACCAAUCCUGAAGAAGCUCUGAAAAAGUUAGAUGAUAUUGAAAAAGCCCGAGCUGAAGAAAGAUUUAGCUUAAGACACAAAGGUACUGGACAGUGGGCUAGAAACAAACAAGUUAGGGCUAAAUAUGAUAAAGAAAGUCGUAAAGUCUUAGCACAACAGCUUUCCAUCAGUAGAGAACUUACACAAAAAGUUAAACCAACAGACAGUGAAUCAGAAGAUGAAGGCAUUGAAUCAAGUAACACAUCUUCUCCUACUUCUAAGCAAGCUGAUAAAAAUAAUCCUUGGGUUAAUGGUAUUAAACCUGACAAAGAUGUCACAGAUUUUGUUAGUGGUUAUAGAAAAUAUUGGAAUGAAGUAAAUAAUGUGUCCAAUGAAAAUAAUAACAAUUCAGAAAAUGCGAAUAAUAAUGAAAGCAAAACUGCAAAUAUUGGAGUUACAGAUGGUAAAAUUAAAAAAUAUAAAAUAAAAUCUGAUAACAAAGAAGUUAAAAAACUUGAAAAAACAAUGCAGAAAAAAAUUAAAAAGAAUAAAAGUAAGGAUGCUGAUACUUCGCAAAGUACAUCAGAUUGGGAAAUUAGUUCAUUACAAAAUGAAUUAAGAAGUUCUAUAGACGUAGAAGAUGUGUUUGAAACACUAGAAAAUAAAUUAAAUAAAAAGUUAAAACAAAAAUUGAUGAAAAUUAAAACUAAUUCAAAAACUAAAAAGGUAAAAAAAUCAACAACUAAAAAAACUUCUGAAAAAAAGAAAUGUGACCUUUCACUACCUUCAAGAAAUAAAAAACAAGUAAUAGAUGAGGAAAUGUCAGAACAAACUAAAAAUACAACUGACGAUUUUAAUGGAGAUAAUAAUCCUGAUUUGGUAACUUUGAAAAAUAUUCUAGCCAACAAAGAAAAAUGUGAUGAACCUGUUAAUAUAAAUCCUGAUAAAUUUAUCAAAGUCAAACAAACUGACUUAAAUACUGCUAUACCAGAUAUAUUAACAAUUGAUGAAAAUGAAGAAGAGGUUAACCAGAGGAACUUAAUAAUGGAAGCAUUUGAAGAUGAUGACAUUGCUACAGAUUUUGAUAAAGAAAAAGCUGAAGAAAUAGAAAAAGAUACUCCAAAAGAUAUAGACUUGAAUCUUCCAGGAUGGGGAAGUUGGGGAGGUACUGGUAUAGACUCUAGUAAAAGAAAACGUAAAAGAUUUAUUAUUAAAAUGCCACCAAAAAUGCCAAGAAGAGAUGAAAAUAAAGGAUCUUUAAUUAUUAAUGAGAAAGCACAAGCAAAAAUUAAACCACUCUUAGUUUCUGAAAUUCCAUUUCCAUUUAAAUCGGUUAAAGAUUAUGAGGCUAGUAUUAGGGCUCCUGUUGGAAGUUCGUUUGUUCCAGAAACAGCAUUUAGGAGGUUUAUUGAACCUGCAGUCAUUACCAAAAUGGGAGCAAUUAUUGAACCUAUAAAUAAAAGCAUAUUAAUGGGAAAAAAAAUACAAAUAUAA